AUGAGCGCUGAAGAGAACCCCCAACCAGUAGAACAGCUGGAGGUAUCGACGUCCUUGAACGAGUCUCGAACUUUACUUAUUGAGGCAAUUGGGUCAACCAAUGAAGAAGUUGUAAACCAAAACGAACCCGAGAAGGAACAAGAACCAGAAAAGGAACAAGAACCAGAAGUAAAAGAGAACACAGUGGACUUAGAGAAUGAGAAGAAAGUAUUUAACGAGAAGGAAGCAAACAAUGAGGAGAAGAAAGUAUCGGAAGUAGUCAAUGCAAUUGCUGAAGAGGCCAUUCCAGUAGGUAAAGUGGAUGAAAUUAAAACAGAAGUUCUGACGAGUUCCGAUGUUAAAACAGAGUCAGAAGUAUCAGCAUUCAUAUCAGCCAAUCUAAAUGAAGAAAAAGUUCAAGAAUACUCAGAUGAUGAACUUGAAAUUAUGUCUGAGAGUUCUGAUUCCGACCCUGAUUCCGACUCCAAUGCAUCCUUAGAUUCCUCUGCAGACUCGGAUUCAGAUUCGGAUUCAGAUUCUGAAUCAGAUUCAAAGUCAAAUGAUAAACGUCCAAUUACUAUGGAAGAUGACGGUGAAGAGAAUGACGGAGAUGAAGGACCAAUUGUUUCUCACAACGAAGUUCAAGAUGAAAAGGCCCCAGAAUUACCAUCAGAGUAUUCCAUACCUGAAAAUGCUCCCAUAGAACAUAUUGGUGAAAUCACUGGGUUUGUGGAUAAGUCUAUUAUUAUACGCGCAAAUGUAUCUGGAGAAUUUAGAGUGUUACAGGAGAAGUCGGUGAUUUGUCUUGAAGAUAGAACCGUGGUCGGCCCUAUAUUUGAAGUGUUUGGAAGAUUAAAAUCACCAUCAUAUCGAAUUAAAUUCAAUUCCGAAUCUGCCAUGGAACAAUUCAAAUCCCUUAAAGGCUCAAAAGUUUAUUAUGUUGUUCCCGACUCCCAAUUCUUGUACACAGAUGAAGUUAAAAAGUUUCUGAAGGGAACAGAUGCAAGUAAUUGGCAUGAUGAAGAAUUGCCUAUUGAGGAACAAGACUUUUCAGAUGAUGAACAAGAAGCAGCAGCCAAAUCUGCUAAAAAAAAGAAGAAGAAGAACAAUAAUAGCAAUAAGAAACCAGAUGGAGAACAAACAAUAAAUGAGGGGAAAAGAAGAUACUCCAAUGAUGGAAAUGAUAAUAGAAAUAAAAGAUUCCAACUGUAUGGAUAUGCGAAUGCUCAACCAAGUUCGUCAUAUCCCACUAGUGUAUCUUCAAAACCUCCAUUAUACAAACCAAGAUAUCAAGAAGGGUCUUCUCAUAGAGACACGACCAGUACGAGAUUAGUCCAACCAAAUAUGCCAGUCCAACCACCACCACCACCUACUCAAAUCGACCACAUGCCUUCUGUUUAUGGAGUUCCCUUUGAUCCUACAAGACAUAUGCAUGCUCAAAACCAAAAUAAUUACUUUCAAAAUCAACCAGCUAUGUCCAUGCAACAACAGUAUUAUCCUAAUGCAUUUAAUCAGCAGUUUCCACCGCAACAAGGUUUUCAGCAAUAUAAUCCUCAACAGUACACUGGGGGGCCACAAAACAUGCCUCAUCCUCCUCCUCAACAAAAUUGGGACCCUGAUUACUCCCAUUUACCAUUAGAAAUACAGCAGCAAAUAAGCCAAUUGGAUCCUGCUCAAGCUCAACAAUUACAUUCUAUGUUGACCAAACAUCAAACUAAUCAAAACAAUUAUCAGAAUUAA